AUGGUUCAUAUUCUAGGUGUUGUUUUGCCCGAACACAAGUCUUUAAAGAUUGCACUGACAGCAUUCUAUGGUAUUGGGCAUUAUAGAUCAUCAAGAAUUAUGGCAUCUUUAUCUAUUCAUCGGACAGCUACUGUUGGUUCUUUAACAGAAGCUCAAAGAACCGCACUUUCACAAAUACUUAGUACAUUUGUACUAGAAAAUGAUCUACGUAGACAAACACAGCGACAUAUUAUGCAUUAUAAAACAAUAGGAUCAUAUAUAGGAAAAAGACAUGCCAUGGGAUAUCCUGUUCAUGGACAAAGAACACAAACCAAUGCAAAAACAGCGAGAAAACUAAACCGACUUGACCGACGCCAAUUAUCUACAAUAUCCUUACAAAGAAAUAGACAUUUCAAUGAAAAUACAGAUAAAAUAACAGAAUAUAGUGUAAAUAAUACUAAAAAUACAUGUAAUACAUCUUGGUUUACGCAACUACUGCAUUUUUUCUUUAAAAAAUGA